AUGCUCGGAGCAGCACGCCUUCGAGGCGCGGCCACCCAAGCCGUCCGGGCAGGCGCAUCCACCACCACCGCCAGGCAGAUCCACUUCGCCGCGCGCCCCGCCUGCCGCCCUUCGCUCGCCGGCUCCCGACCGUCUUCCGCCAUCGCGCAGGCGCAGAGGACGCUCUUCACCCGCACGCCCCCCACGCCGCUCGCAAGGACGCGCCAGUUCGCUUACCUCGUCCUCACGCUGGCCGGCGGUGCUUUCGCCGUGGCCUACUACCUCGACUCGCGAUCCGGCAUCCACCGCUGGGUGGCCAUCCCCUUGCUCAAGGCAUUCACCGAUCCGGAGACCGCCCAGAAGCUGGCCAUCAAGCUUCUCGAGACCGGCCUGGCGCCCAAAGACUUUGGAGUCGAUGACGAGAUCCUCCAGACCGAGCUCUUUGGCAAGACCAUCUCGAACCCCAUCGGACUUGCCGCCGGCUUCGACAAGCAGGCCGAGGCCAUCGAUGGCCUCCUCGACCUUGGCUUUGGCUUCAUCGAGAUUGGCAGCGUCACCCCCGAGCCUCAGCCCGGCAACCCGCAACCGCGGUACUUCCGCCUCACCGACGACGAGGCCUGCAUCAACCGGUUUGGAUUCAACUCCGAGGGCCACUCGGUCAUCCUCAGCCGGCUCCGGGACCGCGUCCGACGAUGGCUGCUCCACUCGACCAAUGUGGCCAGCCUGCACCAGGCCCUGACCGGCUCGCCCGACGGCUCGUCGACGGCCGCGCAGCAGCUGCUCGCGUCGCAUCCCAAGAGCAACUCGGCUUUUGUUGACGCCGUCGGCCUGCCGAGGAGCCUGCAGCACGGCAAGCUGCUCGCCGUCAACCUCGGCAAGAACAAGACGAGCAAGGAGGAGAGCGUGGACGACUACGUCAAGGGCGUCGAGCGCCUCGGUCCGUAUGCCGACAUGAUCGUCGUCAACGUCAGCAGCCCCAACACGCCCGGCCUGCGCCGGCUGCAGCGCCGCGGCGUGCUCGAGGACCUGCUGACGCAGGUGGUCAAGGCGAGGGACGCCAUGGUGAGCGCCCACGUCAACCCGGCCAAGGAGGGUGGCAAGGUGGCGGUGCCGCUGCUCGUCAAGAUCGCGCCGGAUCUGAGCACCGAGGAGCUGCACGACGUCGCCGACGCGGCCAUCAACAGCGGCAUCGACGGCCUCGUCAUCAGCAACACGACCAUCUCGCGGCCCGAGAGCCUGCGGUCGUCGGAGCACGUCCGCGAGACGGGCGGCCUCUCUGGGCCUCCGGUCAAGCCGCUGGCGCUCAAGGCGCUGCAGACGGUGCACGGCCGCAUCCAGGGCAAGCUGCCCAUCAUUGGCUGCGGCGGCGUCACCAACGGCCAGGACGCGCUCGACUACGCCAAGGCGGGAGCGAGCGCCGUCGAGCUCUACACGAGCUUUGGCUACCAGGGCGUGGGCCUGCCGCGCAAGAUCAAAGACGAGCUGACGGAGCUGCUCAAGGCCGAGGGCAAGACGUGGAAGCAGGUCGUCGGCACGGGCGUCAAGCUGUCCGAGGUGACGGUGGCCGCGCCCAACGACAACGUCCCCAUGGGCCUGAGCCCGGCGCGCGACGAGGCCUUCACCAAGAGCGUGGCCAGCGUCAAGCAGGAGCUCGCCGGGCUGCGGCAGAACCUGGGCCUGCCGAGCGCGUCGUCGCCGCCACCGGCCGUGUUUGUGCCGGACCGCGAAAAGGACGAGGCGUACUACACGCUCGUCGAAAAGGCCAACGCGGCGCUCGGGCUGAGCUUCCCGGCGGGGCAGAAGCCGUCGGCGUCGGCGGCGUCGCCCGAGGCGCUCAAGGAUGCGCCCAAGACGCAGGGCGAGCAGGCGGCAGAACGGGCGGCGGCGGUGCUCAAGGACCCCAAGGGGCCAGAGAUCAAGGUGCAGGUGACGGACAAGACCAAGAAGGUGUUUGGCGACAGCCUGCGCGGCCGGGUGGCCGAGGCCGAGGACGCGGCGGCCAACCGGGACUUUGGCAAGGUCGACAAGAGCCGCGUCGUCUGA